ACACUACCCUGCUACCUGCACUUGUCCACCCAUGCCGACGAGGCGACAGCCGAGGACAGCAUGCGCUUUCCUGUCAACCUGCAUUUGGAUCAUCCUUCACUGGAGCAAAUAAGCAUAAAACGUGUGAAAAGUGUGGAGAAGAACUGUAUAUUUCCCAGUAUGGGACUGAUAUUUAUACGAGGACAACUUUUCGAGAAAGACCACGGCAGAUACAGCGAUCCAGAAGGCGACGAGAACUCAGGCAACAUUAACCUCUUCUUGAGAAUCAAAAUGGAUCAUAAGUUCAAAGUGGUCGUCUUAAGGUCAAACCGAUAG